AUGAAUAAUUCAUUACCAUAUUCACAUGUAAAUUUAACUCGUUGGGUUUCAAGUAUAAUAACACCAAUAAUAUUAUUUGGUUGUGCUAUUGGAAAUAUCGUUUCAUUUUUUGUUCUAUUACGACCACGUCUUCGUAAAGAAACAACAUCAAUUUAUUUAGCUCUUUUAUGUUUUGCUGAAAUGGGUACAUGUUAUACAGGUUUAUUAAGACAAUUUUUACUUGAUGCAUUUGAUCUUGAUAUAAGAAAAAUAAAUUCAUUUACAUGUCGUAUACAUAUUUAUUUAACAUAUUUAUUUCUUCGUUUAGUACCAAUAAUACUUGUACUUGUUACAUUACAACGUUAUUUAUAUGUUAGUCAAUUAGCAUUAUGUUCAUUAAAACAAACAUUAAUACAAUUAUUUUGUUGUAUUUUAUUUGUUUGUUUAGCUGAAUUUCAUUUCUUUUUAUUUUAUGAUUUAACUUAUUCAACAACAUUAACAAGACAUGAUUAUAUAUUACUUCAAUGUACUGUUGAUAGUAAUUAUCAUAAAAUAUAUUAUAAAUUUCGAAGUCAAAUUUAUCCUAAAUUAACACUUGUUUUAUAUACAAUAAUACCAUUAGGAAUAAUUAUUAUUGGUAAUGUUUUACUUAUACGUACAGUACGACAAUCAUCAAAACGAUCACGUUCAAAAACAAAAAAGAAACGUUCAGUAACAAGAAUGUUAUAUGCUGUUUGUAUACUUUAUACUGUUUUAACAUCACCAGCAUCAAUAUUUCUUGCUAUAGCACCAGCAAGUUAUGAAUUAAAACCAACAUUUCGUUUACAAUGGACAUUAUUACGUUUAUUAUUUUAUUUAUGUCAUUCAGUUAAUUUUAUUUUAUUUUGUGCAACUGGAAGUACUUUUCGACAAGAACUUAUUGUUUUUCUUAAAACAAUAUGUUUUUGUCGAUUAAAUUGUAGAUGUAGAAAAAUUAAACAUAAUAAUAUAACAUUGAAUAAUAGAAUUCAACAUGAUCUUAUUCAGAACAAAAAUAAAAAUUUAAUGUAA